CCCAUGCGAACAUCUUCUUACUUCCAUCUUUCCCAGGUCAAAUGUGGUGACUAGGACUGGGAUCAUGAGAUAUAUUUAUUAAAGAAAAUCUCUACGCUGCCGGAGCUGGGAUCUGCCAGCUGGAAAUUGCACCAUGCAGAGCUUUGACGCAGUGUCCCGCCCGCGAGAAGCUGGGGAAGAAAGAAGCGUGGCGUCUGCUGGUGAACGCUCUUCAAGAUCCGCAUCGCUGGCCGAUAGCGGUUCACUGCAAUCUACUUCGGAACUGAGCCUCGCAAAUCCAGAUACCUCAUUUAUGUCCACAUUGAGCAACAAGUCCCCCGACGAGCAGACGGACGGAGCGACCCGCGCUCUCGCUGACCAGGAAGAUGCAUUGAAACGACCGCCACUUUCGCCGUUCACCCCGUUACCUUACUCCGCCACUCCUAUCCCCCCCUCAAUUGGCGAAGAUGUUGGAGACACAGAAGAUGAGGAGCCACGAGUUGCAACGUCUUUCGAGCGGGAUUCUCGUCCGACCUCGGCCCAGAAACAGCGACAGGUAUACCUCGAUACUGGAGGAGAGGACGGAAUCAACCGCAUGCACAAGUUCUCGCUCUAUGAAACGGCUACUUGGUUCUAUUUGGUCGGUAUGGAUUUGUCAGAUACUCGGUUCAGGAUCUUGAAAAUCGACCGAACAUCCGAGACGGACGAUUUGAAUAUCGUCGAAGACGACAUUGUAUACACUAAGAGGGAGAUGAGUCAAUUGCUAGACGCUAUUGACGAUGGCAAUAAAAGCUCCGGAGGAUUGAAGCUUAAAUGUAGUGCGUGGGCUUUGCUCGGAUUUAUACGCUUCACUGGUGCAUACUAUAUGCUCAUGGUCACCAAGCGCAGCCAAAUCGCGCUGCUAGGCGGCCACUACAUGUACAAAAUCGACGGGACCGAGCUAAUAUCACUGACGAGCUCGAUUUCAUCGCGAUUCAAGUCUGAGAAGAACCCGGAAGAAGCAAGAUAUAUUACCAUCUUAAAUAAUCUCGAUCUCACCCGCGCCUUUUAUUUCAGUUAUUCAUAUGACAUCACCCACACACUACAGCACAACAUAGGCCAGGAACGCAAACUUAACCAGAAUGGAGUGCCGAGGAGCAGCCAGCAAGAUUAUAACACCAUGUUCAUUUGGAAUCACCACCUCCUCGCGCCGGCUAUUGCGAGGUUGAAGAACCCCUACGAAUGGUGUCUUCCCAUCAUUCAUGGCUACGUCGAGCAAGCCAAAAUGUCUGUGUACGGUCGCUCAGUAUACAUAACGAUCAUUGCUCGGCGCUCUCGGUUCUUCGCCGGUGCACGUUUUCUGAAGAGAGGCGCCAACGAUCUUGGCUACGUUGCAAACGACGUGGAAACUGAACAGAUCGUUUCCGAGAUGACGACAACUUCGUUCCACUCUGCUGGUCCAGAUCUAUAUGCCAAUCCUCUAUACACAUCGUAUGUUCAACAUCGAGGAAGCAUUCCUCUAUAUUGGACACAGGAUAACUCGGGCGUCGCUCCCAAACCGGACAUCGAGCUCAAUUUGGUUGACCCAUUCUACUCAGCCGCAGCCCUACAUUUCGAUAAUCUUUUUGAACGUUACGGUGCUCCAAUAUAUAUCCUAAAUUUAAUCAAGUCCCGUGAGCGAACUCCGAGAGAAUCUAAGCUCCUCAAGGAAUAUACCAAGGCUAUAGAGUAUCUCAACCAGUUCCUACCUGAAGAUAAGAAGCUUAUCUACAAACCUUGGGAUAUGAGCCGCGCUGCAAAGAGCCGGGAUCAAGAUGUUAUUGCGACUCUUGAAGAAAUUGCCGGGGAUAUAAUUCCUAAGACGGGCUUCUUCAAAAACGGACAUGAUGCAGAAUCGGGACUAAGGGUACAAAACGGUAUUGCAAGGACAAACUGCAUAGACUGCCUUGACCGUACCAAUGCCGCCCAGUUCGUCAUUGGAAAACGAGCGUUGGGCUAUCAACUUCAUUCCCUGGGUAUCAUUGACGGUACAACAGUAGAGUACGACACGGACGUGAUCAAUCUCUUUACCGAUAUGUGGCAUGACCAUGGUGACAAUAUUGCUAUCCAGUAUGGAGGAUCUCACCUCGUCAACACCAUGGCCACUUACCGCAAAAUCAAUCAGUGGACUAGUCAAUCCCGCGAUAUGGUAGAGAGCUUCAAACGAUACUACAACAAUUCUUUUCUCGAUGCGCAACGUCAAGAAGCCUACAACCUCUUCCUUGGGAAUUACAUCUUCUCCCAAGGCCAGCCAAUGCUCUGGGAUCUCUCUACAGAUUACUAUCUGCAUCAUGCUGACCCCAGGUUCUGGUCCUAUCAAAAGAAAGCCAGUUAUAUCCGCUGGUAUACACCGGAAAACCUCAAGGAAAAAGAAAUGCCAGUCUCUCCUCGUCCUCCCAAGGUACCAUUAUCCCGUUACGAUGACUACUGGUUUGAAUAUUACCGCCCGUUAGCUCUUUCUUCAUUCUCCAAGAUCUUCUCGUACAAGAUGAACUCGGCCCUCCGUUAUCUUCCCUUCCGCCCUACCUCCGGCGACGACUACAAUCUCAGCCCAUUCGUGCCCCGAAUAGCCCAAGAACAACUCAGCAGAGACCGUCCCACGCGAACCGUCAAGAUCCAAGAGCCAGCGGGGUCCAUCCUGGGUCAACAUUUAUCAGCAUUCCCCCAGCUUCCCUCGGCCGAAAGACGCCCCCCGCCAGCGGGAAUCAUGAAAGAAACUACAACGACCCUUGGAACUCUCCGAGCGACGUACCCCAGCCAACCAUUAGUAGGAUCAUCUACGCCCAGCAAAGCCCAAAUUGCGCAAUGGACACUCGGCCAACUCGUCACCGACUCUCUAAAUCCAUCCGUUACCGCCGUCGAGGCAGAGGAGUAUGAACAUUACAUCAACCAUCCCCUUAAGGUGCCACUCGUUGUCACCUCGGAAGAUGAGCUGGCCGCAGCUUCAAUCCGAGACCACCAGGCUAACCACGACCUCCUGGAGUAUGUCAAUAAAUGUAACGUGGAAGAGUACACUCUUGGCGCCAAUGCGGAGGAGAAUUUAGCGGACUAUGUCGAGUUUUUGAAUGUAUCUGAGGAAGGGCUUACCGUUAUUGCAGAGGACUAUGAGAAGAAACGGUACAAGCGCUACCGGCAGUGGCUGAGGGGGAAGAGCCUCUUCAAGCAGCGAAUUGAUAUCUAGUUGGUGGAAAUGCCUUUUUUUUUUCUUUUCCAUCUUCUUCCAUCCCUCCGUUUCUUCUCACGAAUUAAUGAUAUUUACGGUACGGUCUUUCAAGCAGUUUCAAACAACGAUACCCAUUGUCUUGUUUGCUAUCAUUGUUGUACAGAAUAAAUUGAUAUCUCUAUACAUACUUGGCUUAGUUAAUAAAUAGGUUUGUUGGAGGAAACUGGUCUACACACAAUCAAUAUAUGCAUUCAUGGGU